AUGCCUCAUCACGCCGAUGCAGACAGGAUGCUCGACGCCAACAGCUCCUUCUUGGCACAUGCUGCUCAGGAUGUCGCCCUCAUAGCAUUGAGCAUCGCCCUGCUGCCGCUGGACACUUUUGUCGUUUGCUUGAGUUAUAUUAUUACCUAUUCCUACCCGAUACGAGCUAUACAGCACCGCCGACAUGUCCGUUCGACCAACACGCCGUACUUCGAGCCCAAGAACAUCCUCGUUACUGGCGUGGGCAUGACCAAAGGUCUAGUACUAGCACGACUUUUCUAUGCGGCCGGCCAUAAUGUCAUCGGUGCAGACUUCGAGCCAGCAUACUUGCCAACGACCUCUGGGAGGCUGUCUCGGGCUCUGAAAGCCUUUCACAAGCUGUCGAAGCCAGACGGAAGCAGAGACAAGGCUGCAAGGUACACGCAGGAGCUCUUGCAAAUUUUACAGGCAGAAAAGGUCGAUAUAUGGGUAUCGUGCUCCGGCGUAGCAUCUGCAGUCGAGGACGGUCAAGCUAAGGAGAUGGUGGAGCUGGUCACGAAGUGCAAAUGUGUGCAGUACGAUGUUGCGACUACCAAGAGGCUGCACGAAAAGCACUCGUUCAUGGACUACACACAAAGCAUUGGCCUCGCGAUACCAGAGACACUUACUGUGACCUCCAAAGCCGCAGCGUUACACUUCCUUGACGACGCUAGUGCCAAGCAGCAAAAGAAAUACGUGCUGAAGUAUAUCGGCACAGACGACGCUGUAAGAGGCGACAUGACAUUACUGCCACUCAGCUCGCCCGCUCAAACGAAAGCACAUAUCUCGCGGAUGGAAAUAUCGGAAGAGCGACCAUGGAUCUUGCAACAAUUCAUACGCGGACCAGAAUACUGCACGCAUGCAUUGGUGGUCAAGGGUGAGGUGAAGGCCUUCGUCGCUUGCCCAUCGUCUGAACUGCUGAUGCACUACGAAGCUCUCCCUUCCGAUUCUGGUCUUAGUAUGAAUAUGCUGCGCUUCACGCAGGAAUUUGCUGCCGCCGGUGGACCAUCUUUUACUGGUCAUCUCUCUUUCGACUUCUUGGUCGAGAUGGCUGAUGCAGAGAAGGCACUGCGGGAUCCUGCUGCAAACAUUACCUUGUAUCCUAUCGAAUGCAACCCGCGCGCACACACUGCUGUGUGUCUGUUCAAUGAUACGCCAGAGAUGGUCGAUGGCUAUCUUAGUCUGCUCGGAUCCAAGACCGCCAUCGCCAGCUCCGCGAAUAAGACGACAUCGUCGUCCACGCCAAACGGCCUCGCACCUCCACCGGUCUUCCCAAACAAACAACACAAGAAGUACUACUGGAUUGGGCACGACCUCAUCGAGCUUGUACUCUCACCUCUGCUUUCGUUGACUUCCGUAGAAGGACCAUCUUUCGUCGAGGUCUUCGAGCACAUGGCCACCUUCAUCGAGCACCUGCUCUGGUGGCAUGAUGGCACGUUUGAGUUCUGGGAUCCAUUGCCAGCAUGGUGGCUAUAUCAUGUGUACUGGCCGUAUCAGAUCUUGGUGGCGCUAGUCGGGCGGCGCAAGUGGAGUCGGAUGAAUGUUAGCACUUGCAAGAUGUUCAUGUGCGAGUAG